AUGGCUCCGGAGGUCACACGACUGGGCCAGCUGCAGCUGCGUCCGUCCCCACUGAGACCGGACUGCCGGGCGGAGCAACGACUGUUCCUCUGGCGAGGGGUGAAUACUCCCCCGUCUUCAACCAUAGAUAACCCUGUCAUCCGCCAUUUAGCCAGUGUGGCAUCUCACGCCUCACUACGAGACACCGCCAGCUACGGGUCCGGUCUUCGUAAGUUUCAUCUAUUUUGUGAUAUCUUCUCAAUCCCCGAGGCCCAUCGCCUUCCUGCCACUUACCCCGUCCUCCACUCAUUCGUCUUGUGGGCAGUAACUGACCCUGAUCCGCUUGAUCCGGCACUCGCGACCGGAACACCUUUCGAGCCGGUCUCUUGCAUUGUAGCAAGGAAAUACCUAUCGGCAGUACGGGCAUGGCAUCUCGCGCAAGGGUGGCCCCCACCGCUCUCUGACGAAGACAACGUGCGGAUUAACUGGUCUCUGCGCGGUCUCGCGAACAUCCAGCAGUCCCGGCGAUCUCGACCGCCCCGCCCACCAGUCACUCUGCCCAUGCUGGUAGCACUCAAGGCUACUCUGGACUUAUCCGACCCAUUCGACGCGUGUAUAUGGGCGAUGUCGUCGUGCGCGUUCUACGGUAUGAUGCGCUUCGGCGAAGUCUCAGUUGCUUCCCGAUCAGCGUUCGACGGCUCAUUACACCUCAAGCGGCGCGAUGUGCAGUUUGGCAGUGACCUGCACUCGCAACCUUAUGCUAAGCUGAGCUUACCAUCCGCAAAGACCGCAAAGCCUGGUGAGGUGCAACAGGUCUUUGUUAACGAGCAAGGUGAUUCGUGCCCGCUGGAGGCACUCCGCAAUCUGGCAGCCAUCGUUCCCGCAUCUGCGGAUGAUCCUUUGUUCAGCUGGCGCGACCGCAAUGGCGACAUCCGCCCCAUGACCAAGAACGCUGCCCUCAAACGCGUCAACGCUAUCUUCCUGGCGUGGGGAUGGGGAACAGCAUAUGGCCAUUCAUUCCGGAUCGGUGGGGCCUCUUACUUCCUGGCUAAGAAAGUUGACCCGGAGAUCGUGCGUCUCGCCGGGCGUUGGCGUUCGCUCGCUUACGAGGCCUAUAUUCGCGCCUUCGAACAAAUCUCGUCGAAACACCUAGCCAACAUCGAAGCCACUGACGCAGCGACGUCUCGGGUUGGGUAG